GUAAAAAAAAGUGAACAAGGAAAGAAUUGCGCUUAUAUUUUUUUUAAGUAUAAUUCGUGCCGCAAAAAAAAGUUAGAUGCAAGUGAAGAAAGCCAAGAAGAAUUUUUGAAGUGGUUGAGUAAAAAUAAAAAUAGAGAAUAUUUAACAAUAAAAGGACUAAUCAAAUUAUGGAAAAAAGAUUCUUGGCUUUCUUCGGAUCAAAUUAAUAUGUACCUUACUCUUUUAAACACGAAAUUUGAUCGUAUCCAUUCUUUCACGUCCUAUUUUUAUAUGAGGUUAGCAGUGGGUGGGUAUUCUUCCGUCGAAAACUGGAUCAAAAAAACAGAAAUUUAUCAAAAAGAAAUCAUUUUUGUUCCAAUCAAUAUUACUGACGACCAUUGGAACUUGGUUGCGAUUAUAAAGGAACCAUGUAGAAUUGUGAUCAUUGAUUCAUUUGGGUCAAUAACGGAUGAAGAUUGAUUUGGAUUUGAUGUUUGACAAGGAAGAAGCACCGCAAGUGGAUGGAUAUUCUUGUGGUGUGUUCAUAUGUAUGUUCGCAAGACUAAUAGCAGAAGAUAUUGAAUGGACAAAAUCAAAAAUAUUGCUAAAUUUGAAGAAGCUGCUAAAAAAUUUAGAAAAGUUGUGUAUAGAGCUAUGGAAUUAUGCAGUAUAAGUUGGACAAAUUCUUAGUAUAUAAAAUAUAAACUACUA